CCUCUUCUUCAAGCUAUAAAUAUGGCCUUAUCCCUCCAUCCAAACCCAAGUAUCCUCCUCCACUCCUCUCUCACUCUUUCAAUGGACGUUCUCGCAUCUCCAGUCUCCGCUCUCUUCCUUCCUUCAAAUCAUCGCGAAACCCCACACCUCCUCAAACCACCUCCUCCUUCUUCUUCAUUCCCAAAUCUUUCUUCCCCCAAACCUAAUUCCCCCUUCUCCCUCUCUGCUUCUUCAAAACCCCUCUCUCUGUUCCCCUUCUUCUCAACCCCAUCUCCACCUUCCACCACCCUCACCGGACGGACUCACCAUCGCGCAUCCACCGGCUACGCCGCCGCCCUCUUCGACAUUUCCAAACGCGGCGGAGCCGUAGCCCUAGCCGCCAUUGCUCGCGACGUACAUCGUCUGGCGUCAUCCAUCGUUUCAAUCAUUGCCGACUCCUCCAUCGCAGAUGAGGAGCGAGCGGAGGCGGUGCGGGCUACGGUUGAUCGCGGGGGGUUCGAUCGGCGGUUGGUGGCGCUGGUGAGGAUGGUGGUUGCGAAGAAGAGAGGGGUGCGGGAGGUUGCAGAUGUUUUAGAGGAAUUCGAGAGACUUUGGAGAGAGACGACUUUAGCGGCGGGGGGGGGGGGGGGGGGCGGAUUUGGUGGUGGUAUCGGAGAAGAAGAUGGGAAUCGAGCAGCUGGCGAAGCUUGCUGGAGAGGUGCAGAGGGUCUGUGGAGUGGUUCAGGUGAGGAUUAA